AAGCAGAAAAUCUCACACGUAAUAAAACCUAUAUCAAAACAGUAACAUUUUUGAUUCCCUCGACGGAAGUUGAUGAAUGGCGCCAAAAGAAACCAAUACCUUUCUCUUUUAAAACACUGUGCAGCCACUAAAUGCCUUACCAAAACCAAACAACUCCAUGCCAAUACUAUCACCGCUUCCCUUCUCUCCAUACUGGACCCCACGGCCACCCAUCUCCGAUCAGCCCUCGCUCUGUCCUAUAUGCAAUGUGGGUCUAUCCCCGUCGCACGUAAACUGUUCGACGAAUUGCCCGAUCCAAGUGUACUCUUGUACAACAACUUGAUAACAAUGUACAUGAAUAGUAAGCUUUAUUUUGAUGCACUUAAUGUGUUUGUUGAAAUGCUUCAAUCAGGUGAUUGUCUCCCAGAUAAUUUCACUUACCCAGCCGUUAUUAAGGCUUGCAGUGAACUGGGAUUGACUGAGUUGGGUAAGGCAAUUCAUGGGAAAACUGUGGUGUCUAUUCCCCCGUCGAAUACGUUUGUGAAUAAUGCUUUAGUGGCAAUGUAUAUGAGCUGUGGAGAGAAGGACGCGGCGGAGAGAGUUUUUGAUGGGAUGAAAGAAAGGAGUGUGGUUUCUUGGAAUGGUAUGAUUAGUGGGUAUUAUAAAAUUGGAUGUGCAAAGAAAUCUUUGAUAGUUUUUGAUGAGAUGGUUGAAUUAGGGGUUGAGAUUGAUUGUGCUAGUGUGGUUUCUGUUUUGCCUGCUUGCGGGUAUUUGAAGGAGUUGGAGGUGGGAAGACGAGUUCAUGUGCUGGUGGAAGAGAAGGGUUUAGGUAAUAAAAUAGCAGUAAGAAAUGCAUUGAUUGAUAUGUACGCAAAAUGUGGUAGUUUGGAUGAAGCGAGGGUAGUUUUUGAUGGGAUGGAUGAAAGGGAUGUGAUCAGUUGGACUUCCUUGCUUAAUGGUUAUAUUUUGAGUGGUGAUGUGAGAACUGCAUUGACACUCUGUAGGACCAUGCAGAGGGAAAGAAUAAGACCCAAUGCUGUGACCAUAGCUUCGAUUCUUUCAGCUUGUGUUAGUUUGAGGGAUGGCCGUUGUCUUCAUGGUUGGAUAAUGCGGCAACAUCUUGAUUCAGAAGUUAUUGUUGAAACUUCAUUGAUUGAUAUGUACGCAAAAUGCAAUCGUGUUGACCUUAGCUAUAAAGUCUUUACAAGAGCUUCAGUAAAGAGAACAUCACCUUGUAAUGCAAUGCUCUCCGGGUGCAUUCAUAAUGGUCUUGCAACUGAGGCUAUAGGACUUUUCAAGCAAAUGCUAUUAAAAGGAGUUGAACCAGAUAGUGCAACAUUCAAUAGUCUACUUCCUGCGUAUGCUAUUCUUGCUGAACUUCUGCCAGCGAAGAAUAUGCAUUGUUACCUAACGAGGUCUGGGUUUCUCUCUGUAAUAGAAGUUUCUACAUGUCUAAUCGAUAUAUAUUCAAAGUGUGGAAGUCUAGAAUCUGCUCAUGAGAUUUUUAAUGAUAUCCCCUCAGCUGUGAAGGACAUUUUUGUAUGGAGUGUUAUAAUAUCUGGUUAUGGAAUGCAUGGACAUGGUGAAACUGCUGUUUCACUUUUCAGACAAAUGGUUCAAUCUGGGGUGAAACCAAAUGAAAUUACUUUUACUUCUGUGUUACAUGCCUGUAGUCAUGCUGGUUUGGUAGAUGAGGGUUUGCAAUUACUUGAAUUCAUGCACCUAGACCUGAAAACAAGCCCUCGUGAGGAUCACUACACUUGCAUUGUUGAUCUGCUUGGUCGUUCUGGUCGACUAGAUGAAGCUUAUGAUAUGAUUAGAACGAUGCCUUUUAUGCCUGGCCAUUCAGUUUGGGGAGCAUUACUUGGUGCAUGUGUAAUACACGAAAAUGUUGAAUUGGGAGAAGUUGCAGCAAGACGGCUAUUUGAUCUUGAGCCAGAGAACACUGGAAACUAUGUACUACUGGCGAAACUUUAUUCUGCGGUUGGAAGAUGGAAAGAUGCAGAAAAUGUGAGACGUAUGAUGGAUUGCAUAGGCUUAAGAAAAGCACCUGCCCAGAGUCUGAUUGAUGCCAUAAACACAUAAAGAGGAAAUCACACAGACAUGCAUGUCAACUUGCUAAUUUAUGCAUGUAAAGAUAAAUGCAUCAUCCAAACCCAAGGUAAGCCACCUAAUUGAAGGGCAUAUAAUAGCCAUCAGAUGCUAAGUGCUAACAUUUUGCAUAUGAAAUCCCCUUAGACUAAAGCAAAGGAGUUACCUUAAAGUGGGUUGCCAACUGUCUAACAAGGAAUGCCAUCCGUUCCAACUUAAGCAUAUGACUCGCCGGAUGAAUUAAAGGACUUAUUAUAGUGAAAGCAUGGUUAUUGUUUCAAAAUGUCCAGAUAUCCUGUGUCUAAGAUCAGGAGAGAUUAAAUAGAUCAUAUGAUAUGCCUUUUAAGCGGGAGUAACUCGUCAAUUCUCGUAUUACAGAGGCAUUAGCCAUCUUCUGAGGUGGUUGGUUGGUACUGUACUUCUUCAUACGAGAGAAUCGAUGUAAAGCACAACGUAAGUCUUGCAUCAUUGACUUCGUAUCAUGAGUACAAGUGUUUUUUACUGCCUGUCUUUUGAAGACUUAUGAAAUUCAAAUGCAUGUUGAGUACUAUUCCUCUAUUUUCUCUACUUAUGAAACUCCCCCUUCUUAUUUAACAA